AUGAAGCCGUCGAUAGUUCUGGAAUCCCACGAGGACAAGCGGGCUAGGAGCAUCAUGGAGCAGUCGACGAGACGAGUAGGUGACCAGUUCGAAACAGGUCUACUGUGGCGGUACGACGACAUCGAACUUCCGGAUAGCUACAAUAUGGCAUUCAAGAGGUUUGAGUGUCUGGAGCGCAAGAUGAUGAGAGAUCCAGAGCUGGCUGCAAAUCUGAAGAACCAGAUAGCGGAGUACCAGCAGAAAGGAUAUGCGCAUUGUGCUACGAAGGCAGAAUUAGAACGAGCAGACCCAAAACGCGCGUGGUACCUGCCGCUAGGAGCAGUGACAAAUCCCCGGAAGCCAGGUAAAGUUCGACUGAUAUGGGACGCAGCAGCAAAGGUGGAUGGAAUAUCUCUGAACUCUAUGCUGCUUAAAGGACCGGAUCAACUUACAUCGCUUCCAGCAGUUCUGUCGCGGUUCCGGCAAUAUAAAGUAGGAGUGUCUGCAGAUAUACGAGAAAUGUUCCACCAGCUGUUGAUCCGCGAGCCGGACCGUCAUUCUCAACGUUUCUUAUUCCGGAAUGACCCAACAAAACCGGUGGAAACCUACAUUAUGGAUGUGGCAACAUUUGGAUCCACGUGUUCACCGGCGUCAGCGCAGUACGUUAAAAAUAAAAACGCGGAAGAAUUCUCGGACCGUUUCCCACGAGCAGUAGAGGGAAUUCUGAAAAGCCACUAUGUGGAUGAUUAUCUCGAUAGCUUCGAGAAUGACGAAGAAGCCGAGCGAGUGUCGCGGGAAAUUGCAACUAUUCACCAGAAAGGAGGAUUUCAUCUUAGGACCUGGGUAUCGAACAGUGCUGGAGUUCUUCGUGGACUGAAAGAGGCGUCAGCGAACCCUAGCAAAAGCCUAUGCUUGAACGCAGCGGACAGAGGCGAUCGUGUGUUGGGCAUGCUCUGGCAGACUUUAGAGGAUGAGUUGCUGUUCUCGAUGGAAAUUAAAGAGGAGAUACAACUGGUGAUAGAUAACGGUAAGCGGCCAACAAAACGUCAGAUGUUAAAAUGCCUAAUGGGCGUAUUCGAUCCACUGGGAUUGCUGAGUGUUUUUCUCGUUCAUGGAAAGAUUCUUCUUCAGGAUGUAUGGCGAGCAGGAUUGCAGUGGGACGAACAGGUAACUGAAGAAAUAUUCGAUCGUUGGGUCAGGUGGACCGGUCUGUUCCCUAAAAUCAGAGGCCUGCGGAUCCCACGGUGCUACUUCAAGGAAGCGAAUGUGCAGGUGUAUGAUCAUCUUCAAUUGCACGUUUUCGUCGAUGCAAGUGAAGUCGCUUUCUCCGUCGUAGCGUACUUCAGAGUGAUCAACACGGAGGGCACAGCAGAGUGCUCGAUAGUCGCGGCCAAAACGAAGGUUGCACCGCUGAAGCCACUCUCGAUUCCUCGCAUGGAGCUACAAGCAGCAGUUCUGGGCAGCCGUUUAGUGUCGUUUGUUCAGGAGAAUCACAGCGUGAAGGUGAAGCAGCGUUUUCUGUGGAGUGAUUCCGCCACAGUGUUGGCCUGGUUACGCGCCGAUCAUCGUCGGUACACGCAGUACGUAGCAUGCCGAGUAGGGGAGAUAUUGACAACGACAGACCUCGCAGAAUGGCACUGGGUCCCCAGUAAGCUAAAUCCUGCAGAUGCCGCAACAAAGUGGGGUAAGAAUCCGUGGCCGGAAGCAACCGACGAGUGGUUUAAAGGUCCCGAAUUUCUACGUCUUGCUGAAGAGAAUUGGCCGAAGCAAUCGAAACCUUCAAAGGUACCUGAAGAGGAACUGAGACCCUGUUUUCUGAUCCAGGGAUCAACUAUUCCGGAGGUUGUGAUAGAUUUUUCUAGAUUCUCUAAGUGGCGACGAUUGCUAGGUGCAGUUGCAUACGUACACCGUUUUUUGGGCAAUUGUAGGCGUAGAUGUCGAGGAGAGACGCCGGAAUUGCUGCAUCUUAAUCAAGAGGAAUUGAAGAAGGCGAAGAACACACUUGUGUGGAUUGCGCAAUGGCAGGAGUACCCAGAUGAGAUGAUUGCAGUUUCGAGAGGACAAGCAGAAUUACCUAAAUCGAGCAGUUUGUAUCAGUUGACACCAACAGUCGAUGAGUAUGGCGUGCUACGCGUCGGCGGAAGAAUUGGAGCUGCACCGCAUACAUCAUUCGAUGCUAGGUUCCCGGUGAUUCUCCCAAGAAAACAUCCGGUGACGACGCUAGUUGUAGAUGAUUUCCAUCGUACCUUUCGUCAUGGUAAUUCUGAAACGGUAGUGAACGAGAUUCGGCAGUUCUACAGCAUCUUCCAACUAAGGAGAGUGGUGAAGCAAGUUGCGACCGUCUGUCAGUGGUGCAAAGUGAAGAAGGCGACUCCGAAGGUUCCGCGAAUGGCGCCGCUGCCUUUGGCCCGCUUGUCCUCGUUUACUCGACCAUUCACCUACACCGGUAUUGAUUUUUUCGGACCGUUGCUGGUGAAAGUAGGAAGGAGCUCGGUUAAACGCUGGAUCUGUCUGUUCACCUGUAUAACCACCCGUGCUGUCCAUGUGGAAGUUGCACACAGUCUUUCCACACCGUCCUGUAUCAAAUGCAUCCGUCGCUUCAUCUGUCGCCGAGGAGCGCCGGUGGAAAUCUACUCCGACAACGGUACCAACUUCCAAGGUGCCGAACGACUGCUGCGGAAAGAACUCGAGAACGUACAUGGAGAAUUAGCAGCAACGUUCACAAACGCAUCUACCAAAUGGGUCUUUAUCCCACCAGCUGCACCUCAUAUGGGAGGAGCGUGGGAGAGAAUGGUGCGAUCCAUAAAGUCAGCCAUGGAAGCAGCCUACAACAACGACCGGAAACUGGACGACGAAGGGCUGGUGACGCUAGCCGUGGAAGCCGAGGGUAUUGUGAACAGCCGGCCACUUACCUACCUACCCCUAGAUGCUGCUGAAGUAGAAGCCCUGACUCCUAACCAUUUCCUGUUGGGAAGUUCCACUGGUGUUCGUCAGCCUGCAGUACCGUUCAGUGAUCCUGUCUCUGCCGUAAAGAAUUCUUGGAACCAAAUACAACGUCAGCUGGACGUCUUCUGGAAGCGCUGGAUACGGGAAUAUCUUCCGAUGUUGACUAAGCGAAUGAAGUGGUUCGGAGAAGUGAAACCCGUGGCUGUCGGAGAUUUGGUCCGUAGGAAUGGCUGGACGCGCGGAAAAAUCAAAGAUGUCGUGACUGCGGAAGACGGACGAAUUCGACAAGCGAUAGUUCAGACUGCGAGGGGGAUAUUGCGUAGACCGGUAUCGAAGUUAGCCGUGUUGGAGGUUGAGUUGGAUGGUAAAACUGGGACCAGUGGCCAGUGUUACGGGGGGGAGGAUGUUACUGCCAACACUGCUCUUGGUGGUGUAACUGGUGCUGAACAGUACUGUCAUUCGACUGAAACGUCAUCCGUGGACGAUGACGUGGCCCGACGGCGGGAGGAGAGCUGUCAUUCUCAAAAAGUGCUGAGUAAGGCAUCGUGCAGGAGGAGGAAAACUUAA